AUGGAGACCAUCCAAACCCAUCCCUCGAAUGCCGCCCAAGCCAAGGGUUUUAUGGAACCCGGCUCGUUUGCCUUUCCCAAUAGCCAGCAUGCUCUGAAUGGGACCACACCAGACGUCAAGCCUAAUGGCCAGGUGCCCGCUGUCAAUGGAAGUCAACCUGCGAACGGAACCGGGGUGACUCCCGCUACUCCUGCUGCCACGCCCGCGACCAACCCUGGCGCCAGCGGCCUGACUCCCACUCUUCAAAACAUCGUGGCGACUGUCAACCUCGAUUGCAGACUGGAUCUUAAGACCAUUGCCCUGCAUGCUCGAAAUGCAGAGUACAACCCAAAGCGUUUCGCUGCUGUCAUCAUGCGAAUUCGUGAGCCCAAGACAACCGCUCUGAUCUUCGCCUCUGGCAAGAUGGUAGUCACUGGUGCCAAGUCUGAGGAUGACUCGAAGCUUGCUAGCCGCAAGUACGCGCGUAUCAUCCAGAAGCUCGGCUUCAACUCGAAGUUCACGGACUUCAAGAUCCAGAACAUUGUCGGCUCGUGCGACAUCAAGUUCCCCAUUAGGCUCGAGGGUCUUGCGUCGCGCCACCACAAUUUCAGCUCCUAUGAGCCUGAGUUGUUCCCUGGUCUCAUCUACCGAAUGAUUAAGCCUAAAAUUGUGCUUCUCAUUUUCGUCAGCGGCAAGAUCGUUCUUACUGGUGCCAAGGUCCGUGAGGAGAUCUAUCAAGCUUUCGAGAUGAUUUACCCUGUGCUUCAAGACUUCCGCAAGGUCUAA